AUUCGGAGUCGAAAAACGUGGAAAAUGAAAUUCGAAGAAACGGAGAUUUUUUCUCUGAAGACAAUAAAAAAUCGGAUUCAGGAUCGGAAUCAGAAAUUUCUUUUACAGAGAAUAAACUGAGGUUUAUUAGCGACGACGACGAAACGACAAUAACUUACAAUAUCGCUAUCAACAACAAACAAAUAGAAAUCAUAGUUGCAAAUAAUAUAAUACAAGUUUGGGCAAAAACCGAAAAAUCGAAAACCCUAUUGAACAUCUGGUCUAUUCCUUCGACUUUUUCAAAAUAUUUAAAAGAUCCUAUUAUAUCAAUUAAACGUGAAGACAGCUCGGUCAAAAAUGAUGAAUUCAAAAUAAAGUUAAAAUCGCAAAAUAAAAACCAAAUUUUGGAACACUCCAUUAAAAUAGAACCGCAUGCAAAAUCUAUACUAGGAAUGGCAAGUGCCUUGGAACUGAUACUAAAACAAAUACAAGAAUUCGAGAAGGCGGAAAAAUCAAAAAACAUGAACGAUGACGCGAAAAUUAAGAAUAAAUACGCAGAGCUCAAGAAUCUUCAUCUACACAUAAAACAAGUCGCACCUGUCAUUAUUGAAAAAGCUGUUAUUGAAAAAGAGAAUUUCCGAAUAUUGGAUGUUCGUUUUCGUAUUAUGGCGACAAUGAUGAAAGCAGACUUGAUAACAGUAGUUAGAAAAAUGUUAAUCGACCCUAAUUUACGAUUACACAUUCCAGAAAAAGCUAUGCGAUAUCAAAAUAAUGAAAUGAAGUAUAACUUUGUUCUAUUUUUGUUUCCUAAGCCAAGAAUCGACAAAGAGCAUCGUAGUACUUUGAUGAUUGCAAGUGAUUAUUAUCAACAUAAAUUGGUGGAAUCUCUUUUAGAAUAUUAUUCUGCUAAUGCUAAAAGUAACGUAGGCUGGAUGGAAACUGUUACUCAAGCUUUACCCGAAUUGAUCACAAAAUAUCCAAAGCUUGUGAAUGAACUAUUGAAGAAUAAAAUUUUCUACCAAAAUGAAAUUCCUCUGGAUAAAUCAUGGAAGUUUUAUCGACCAACCGAAAAUAGUUCAGUUCGUGCAUUUGAUUGCGAAUUUAAUCUUUUCAUCAGUUUUCGUCAAGAACAACUGGAACAAUUGGAAAAAGAAAAGCAAACUUACAGUUCUAAGUAUCGAAAGACAAACAUGAAAUAUUAUCAAGUACCGCUUCCAAGAGUAAUGAUGCCAAGCUUUGAAAUACAAUCUAUUGAUAGCGAUAGCAAUGGUCUAUACAAUUAUUUAUUAAAGUUAAUUUUACUUGAACGAAAUCGCGGCUAUAGAAGCCCGUUUUUCUAUCUCGUGACAAAUGAUAAAACUGGUGAAAUUUUCGACAAUCCCUCGAUUGAAGCAAUUAUUAAUUUCCAAUGGCAUCGCUCCAAAAGCGUUAUUGCUGAUCAGCUCCUCAUGCCCUUUAUACACGGAAUAACAUUUGUGCUGCAAGUUUACACCUAUUUAAAUCGUAUUGUGUAUGGAGCAGCGAGUGUCGGAACAACUAGUUCUUGGCUGAUGUGUGCAUAUUCAUAUUUGCAUUUUACCGAAAAAAUACGAAGAAAACGUUAUAUACAUCGGUCACAACCUUUGACAUGGAUUUUAUACUUAUUCGAACUUAUUGGCACAAUUUUGCCAUUAUUUGGUUCAGCAUGGAUGUUGUGGGUAAAUUACAGUUAUGCUGGCUUGCUACUUUCCGAUUAUAAAAGCAAAGAAUCUCGUUAUUGUCAGCUGUAUAAUAAGCAAUGUCAAGCUGAGGUUAUUAUUUAUUCAUUUGCCGCGUUAUUUUUAUGGAUUGUUAUUUUCUUACAAAUGCGAGUUUUGCCAGCUAUUGGAAAGUCAUUACUUUUACAUUUUGCCCCCGGGCUAGGUGUAUUUCCUAAUUCAUCAACGUUUACUGGAAAUUUUACGACAAUAAAUCCUAACAAUCAAACAGCUCCAAAUUUUAACCUGACGCAAGAUUUAGAUUGGACGGAUAGUUCAGAUAAUUACUAUUAUAGGUUGGAUAAAGCAAUCGAAGCAGUGUACUUUUGGAUCAGUGGACGUUGGGAUCAGAUCGAAAAUUGGAAUUUUUGGCCAGUUGAUUUAGUCACGGUGCUUGGCAGUCUAUUUUUGGCCACUCUUAUGCAAAAUCUUUUGAUCGGUUUAAUGGGAAAAGCACUCGAUGAAACAGUUUUAGUGAGAAGAGCGCUCAUACAAACGCGUGCACAUCUUAUAGCAAAUUCGCCUGAUGAAUUUCUAGUUAGUUAUAUAUACUACUCUGUUCCAGGCGAAAAACUAAACAAGAGAAUCCAAGAAGAAAUAAGUGAUGAAUCUCGUGAGGAAAAACAAUUAAAAAAUAUUGAAUAUAUAGAAAAACAGGAAAAUACAAAAGCUGAACUAGUCCAUAUCAAAGAUCGUAUGGAGGGAUUAGAAACAACUCUUAGUGAAAUUUUGAGAAUAUUGAAGAAAUAG